UUAACUUUUGUUGAGUGAGGUGAUCAUAUAAAGGAGUACUGCUGUUGUUAACUUAUUAAAGUUUUACAAAUUUUAUUGGGAAAACUUGUUUGAAAAAAAAAAAAAUAAAUAUAUUUUGUUUUGAUUUUAAAAAGUAAUAAUAAUUAAAAUGCCUGCAAAAAAGAAAUCAAAUUCAGAUGAUUCUGCAAGUGAGGAUUAUAAAAAAAAAAGAGAACGUAAUAAUUUGGCUGUAAAAAAAUGUCGAGAAAAAACUAAUGAACGUGCAAGAGAAGUCAAAGAAAGAGUAAAAAAAUUAAAAGAUGAAAAUACAAAAUUGGAAAGUGAUAUCGAAAAUUUAAAAAACAAUGUUCAUUAUUUAAAGGAAUUAUUGCUAAAAAAGGUAUCAGAUGAAAAAGAAAUAGCCAAAAUAUUAGCUGAAGAAGACAGCAAUUAAAUUUUAUAAAUGAUUUCAAUAAAUUUCAAAUUUAUUUGAAUAAUAAAUCAAAAUAAUUUUAAGUUUCAAUUUAUAUUUUUUUAUCUCUACAUAGAUAUAUAAUGUAGGUUUAAUAUAAAUAUCGUAUAUUUAUCAAUUAUAUACAUAUCUAUUUAUAUAUGUAAUAACAUUAUUAUGUUAAUGAUUAUUUAAUAAUAUUAUCUAAAUUCAUAAUUCAAUAUUACACACAAAUUCUUGAAUAUUUUUAAGAUCAUAUAACAUAUACAUUUAAUAUUUAUUUAUAUUUAAGUUUUUAAUGUUACAAAUUUACUAAGUAAAAUUUAUGUAAAAAAUAUAUUUUAUAUUA